GAGUGGCCGAGUGGGACGGCCUUCCUCGCUGGCCUCUUUGAGAUAAUUCUCUCUCUCUCUCUCUUUCUCGGACAAGCUCAUGGCCCCUGGUUUUCUUCUCCAGCUCUGGUUAUAUAAUCUAAAGUCUCCGUACAUUUUUAUCAUUUGGACAGCAAAUCCCAACUCCUCUGGAUCAUUUAUCUAUAGCUUCUGGAUUAUUUAUCUACAGCUUCUGGAUCAGAAGAAUACAAGAGGAGGAAGGUUCUUCAGCCGCAUAGAAUCUGAAGGAAAUCGGAGAAUUUGGUUCGUGCGUCUUGGAUGAAGGAUAGAGAAUAGUAAAGGGGUUGUGGGUUUUGGAAUUCGGGGUGUUUGGUGUGUGGGUUUGUGGGUGUUUUUGGAGAGGAAGUGGUGGGAUAGGGAUAGUACGUUCUGGUUUGAUGAUGACAAUUGAGGCAGGGUUCGUCGAGAAUAAGAGGGACAAGGUUGGGCGUCCGAAUAAUAAGAUGAUUAGGAAGAAGAAGAAAUGCAUGAGACCCAAGCGUCGUCGCGUGCUGCAGAAGCUGUUCUUGUCGUGCCGGGAGGUGUUCAAGGGUCCUGGAACCGUGCCUCUGCCUCGAGAUGUGCAGAAGCUGUGCCACAUUCUCAACAGAAUGAAACCUGAAGAUGUAGGGCUUAGCAAGGAUCUUCUUUUCUUCCAGCCUGGAAGAGAAGUUAAGGGAACUCCAAGAAUCAUGUGCACAACCAUAUACAAGUGCAAAAAUUUUUCGUUGUGCAUCUUCUUUCUUCCCCAGACUGCUGUCAUCCCGCUUCAUAACCACCCUGGGAUGACUGUUUUUAGCAAGCUUCUCUUAGGAUCAAUGCACAUCAAGUCAUAUGAUUGGGCUGAUUCUGACAAAUUAGAGGAACCUGGACCCUCAACCAGUGUUAGACUGGCGAGGUUGAAGGCCAAUGCAGUGUUCACAGCGCCAUGCAAUACAUCUGUUUUGUAUCCCACAUCUGGAGGCAACAUCCACGAAUUCACAGCUCUAACACCAUGUGCAGUUCUUGAUGUGCUUGGCCCUCCUUAUUCGAAAGAAGAUGGCCGAGAUUGCAACUACUACAAGGAUUUUCCUUACUCCAGCCACUCGGAUGGAGAUGGAGAAGAAGAGGCCAAGGAGAGAGGAAGUUCUUAUGGAUGGUUGGAAGAGAUCGAGAUGCCCGAGGACUUGAUGGAUGGAGUUGAGUACCUUGGUCCACCCAUCAGAGAAACUAAUUGUUAGAUGUCCAUUCUACACUGUUUAACCACACAAAAUAGAUCCUUUGUUUUUUUUUUUUUGGGUUCUUUCAUUUGUUGGGGCAUUUCAAACCUUUUCCUUGGCUCUUUGGUGUGUAGUCUCACAUUUAAUUUACACUCAGUAUAGAUUUUUUAUUUUUCUUUCA